CUUGGCUCUUUAUUAUUCUGAAUUGUGAUACAUUCAUUAAAACUUCAAAAUAAUUGUAUGCGGGACGGUGUAUAAAAGCUCCGACCGACUAGUCUCCCUACAUAUAUGCUUACUCCUGUCAACCAAACAACUCAUUCGAAUUCGAAACAUUCAAAUCUGAGACAUAAAAUCCACCGACGUCAUCAUGUCUAAACCAACGAUGUCAAAUUACCUACUCGAGAGCCCUGGUAUGACCGAUCUUCGGGAGCGAGCUACGCAAUCUCAAUUUCUCAGUCUCGCCGGUCAAGGUCGGCUUCCACCCGAGAUACUCAGCCAAUGGUUAGCCCAAGAUAGGCUCUACGCCCAGGCGUACAUCCGAUUCGCUGGAGGUUUAAUAUCCCGCGUUCAGCUUCCGAUCAAGAUAGGCGACCAGGAUAAUUCUAAGACAUUGCAAUGGAGAAUUCUCUCGUUGCUGCAGACCGCUCUUGCGGGUGUAACGAGGGAGCUGCAGUUUUUCGAAGAGACUGCCAAGAAAUAUGGCUUGGAUCUUGAGGGGUUAGGGCCGGUGGCUGAAGGCGGUAACCUAUCAAAUAAAUCGGCGGGUUUUGCGCCAAAUAAGGUGACGCAGAAUUACAUCGAUCUGUUCGACUCGUUCACUGCGCAGCCGCAUGGAGAUCGGGAUAAGACGCUUCUGGGCGGGCUGGUUGUGCUUUGGGCUACGGAGAGAAUUUACCUAGACGCUUGGACUUAUGCGAAGCAGCAGGCUGAGGAAAAUGCGAACACGGAUGGGGAUCUUGAUGGUGGGGCUUUAAGAAAGGAGUUCAUACCAAAUUGGACUUCGGAAGAGUUCCAGGCUUUUGUGAAGGAGUGUCAAGACUGUCUAGAUGCGUACGCUACUAUCCAAGACGAAGAUACAGAAGAAGUUGGCGCUGCGGAGGCCAUGUGUCUAUUCAAGAAGGUCUUGGUACUAGAGGAAUCAUUUUGGCCGAUGGUGGCUUGAAGAGGGGUUUGAUAUCUAGAACGAAGGCAUGGCCUUGGUACUAAGGGAUGCAAACACUCGAAUAACCCCACAACUAUUCAUAUAUGUUUGUUGAUAAAUAGCCUUUAAACUCAUUGUCUAUUGAAAGACUAGACGAAUCUAUAGUUGAUUGAGACUUGACUUGUUAGGAUUUAGAUUUGAAUGUGAAUUUGUUAG